GCUGAACUGGACAACACCUCAACAGCUCUUGGAACCGCAGAGUCCAAGGCCACCAAACUGGCCAAGGAGGUGUCAAGUUUGGAGUCGAACCUUCAGGAUACUCAGGAGCUGCUCCAGGAUGAGACCAGACAGAAACUGAACCUCAGUACCCGGGUCCGACAGCUGGAAGCUGAGAAGACUAGUCUAAUGGAGCAAAUGGAGGAAGACGAGGAAGGAAAGGCUAACCUGUCUCGUCAGGUGCUCGGCCUGCAGGCUCAGUUGGCCGACGCUCGGAAGAAGGUGGAAGAGGAUGCCAUUCAGUUGGAGGGAGCUGAGGAAUCACGUCGGAAAUUACUGAGGGAACUCGAGGUGACCAGCCAGAAACUGGAGGAGCGCAGCGCUGCCUGUGACAAACAGGAGAAAAAUCGCUACAGGCUGCAGCAGGAGCUCGACGACCUGACCCUGGACCUAGACAAUCAGAGGCAGCUGGUUAGCAGCCUGGAGAAGAGGCAGAAGAAGUUCGAUCAGCUGCUGGCAGAAGAGAAGAGUGUGUCAGCGCGCCAUGCGGAGGAGAGGGACAGAGCGGAAGCAGAAGCGCGGGAGAAGGAGACCCGGGUGCUUUCGCUGAGCCGAGCUCUCGAGGAGGCGGUGGAAAGCAAGGAGGAGCUGGAGCGACAGAACAAGCAGCUUCGCUCUGAGAUGGAGGACCUGAUUAGCUCCAAGGACGAUGUGGGCAAGAACGUCCACGAGCUGGAGAAGGCGAAGCGGUCACUGGAGCAGCAGCUGGAGGAGAUGAAGACACAGCUGGAGGAGCUAGAGGAUGAGCUGCAGGGCACAGAGGACGCCAAACUUCGGCUCGAGGUCACCAUGCAGGCAACUAAGGCCCAGUAUGACCGGAGCCUGCAGAGCCGUGAGGAGCAGAACGACGAGAAGCAGAGGGGCCUGGUCAAACAGGUCCGGGAACUCGAGGCGGAGCUGGAAGAGGAACGUAAGCAGCGUUCCUCGACUUUGGCAUCCAGGAAGAAGCUGGAGAUGGACCUGAAAGACACCGAGGGACAGAUCGAGGCAGCUACCAAAGGCCGUGAUGAGGCUAUCAAACAACUGAGGAGGCUGCAGGCUCAGCUGAAGGACGUGCUACGAGAGGUGGACGAGGCUCGCUCGGCCCGAGAGGAGAUCGUCCUGCAGUCCAAGGACAACGAGAAGAAGCUGAAGAGCCUGGAGGCAGAGCUGCUGCAGACGCAGGAGGACCUGGCCGCCGCCGAACGUGCCAGGAAGCAGGCAGUGCAGGACCGAGAGGACAUGAUGGACGAAAUGGGCAACAGCGUCUCUGGGAAGUCAGCGCUGUUUGAGGAGAAGAGGCGGCUGGAAAGCCGGAUCGGCCAGCUGGAGGAGGAACUGGAAGAGGAGCAGAGUAACUUGGAGCUCCUGAAUGAUCGCUAUCACAAAGUCACGCUGCAGGUGGAGACGGUGACAACGGAGCUGUCGGCAGAGCGCAGUCUCUCGCAGCGACUGGAGAACACAAGGCAGCAGCUCGAGCGGCAGAACAAGGAGCUGCGCAGCAAGCUGCAGGAGCUCGACGGUGUGAUUCGCUCCAAGUACAGGACCAACGUGGCCACGCUCGAACUGAAAAUCUCCCAGCUCGAGGAGCAGCUCGAACAGGAGUCCAAGUGAUGAGCGAUGGGCAGCCCUGUUGGUUCCACCCCACAACGGUCUCUGACCCCCCCGGCCUUCGCCGUGUUUUUCCCUGACCCCAUGUUACAGGCGGAGAAGGCCUCGCUGAGGGUGAGGCAGCUGAAGAGGCAGCUGGAGGAGGCUGAGGAGGACUCGUCGAGGGCCCACACCUCGAAGAGGAAGCUGCAGCGGGAGCUGGAAGACGUGACGGAGACUGCGGAGGCCAUGAACCGAGAGGUCAGCUCCUUAAAGAGCAAGCUAAGGCGCGGGGCCAACCUCCCCUUCCCCAGCCGUCUCACCCGCAGGGUCCUCCAGGCCGAGGGCUCACUGGAGAACUCGGACGAAGAGUUGGAGAGCGGUGACGGGGAGACUGGGGGUAGCCAGCAGACACCGGGGCCUGAGCUGACACCGGGCCCAGAGAGCCAGGAGCAGGAGCAGAUGCGGGCCGAGUGACCAGGGUGGGGAACAGGGCCUGGACUCCCUCUCCCUCCUCCCAACAACCUGCACUACCACCUCCCCACCCCCCCCGCAACCUUUUGCACGCACUCAGUAACCGGCCACAGGCUCCCAGCACUCACCGGCUGUCUGCAUGGGUGAAGCACGCCACAAAGGAGCAGCCAUGGCCCAGGUUACUCACAACUGGCUCUUGUUCACACACACUCUCUCUCUUUCUCACGCGUCUUCCUCCCUCUGUCAUGUGAUUUUUCUCUCUCUCUCUCCGUAAGACCAUCAGAAAUAGGAACAGGAGGCCAUUCAGCCCCAUGAGCCUGCUGCACCACCACCCAGUAGGACCGUAGCUGAUCGGACAUGCCUCACAUCCGAUUUCCCCCGACUGAUCGAGAAUCUGUCUCAGCCUUCAAUACCCACCAGGACAAGGAAUUCCUCCCCGUCUUGGUCUUUGAAUGGCAUCCCUUUAUCCUGAGACAGUGCAGUCUAAUCCUAGACCCUCCCAUGAUGGGGGAGUAACCACCCCCUCUUGAGCACUGACCCCUUCAACCUUUCUUUGUGCUCCCUGUCUCUCCCUCUUUCGGUCGUGCCUCACCUCCCCCCCCAACCCUCUCGGUCGCAACCCCCCCUCACUCUCUCGGUCACGUCCCCUUCCCCACUCUUUCGAUUGCGCCCCUCUCUGUUGCGCUCCCCCUCUCAGUUGCCCCUCCCCUCUCUCUGUCGCGCUCCCCUUUGCCCCCUCGCUGUCCCGCGCCCAUUGCUCUCUCUCUCUCUCUCUCCCUCCCCCAGCCCUCGCUGAUGUUCCACUUCCUUCCCCUACCCCAGCUCUGUCCGUAACCCUCCAGAGCCCUACACCCGCUGACAUGCACUUUAUUGGGGAACGGGGGUGCAGGGGAUUCUCCUGUCCCUCUCAGAGGGGCUGGAGCGGAAAGGGACUGCAGAACACUCCAGCCCCGAAGGAUUAAUGCCAGAGUCUCGCACAGCAAGAUCCCACAAGCAGCAGUGACACACCACCUGACCCUGACCGUGCAGUGCUCUCUGACUCAACAAAGGCGCUCCUGCUCCGGGAGAGGUGGGGGUGAGGGGGAACAGUUCACCCACAUGUCACACAGUGGGGGAUGCAUGCACAUCGCAAUCGCUCGUCUGGGUGGGGGGAAGCGGAGGGGAAAGGGGGUAGACACAGGGCUGUGUCAGCUCUGCAUUUCCCCCGCCCCAGAAUCUCUCGCCUCCACUUCACCUGCCUCCCUCCGAUCGCCGCUCUCCUUCCUUUCUGCAAUGAAGAGGAAUUGUCUGCAACUCGUAGGCAUUUUGUUUUUCUUUGGAAAUGGCAAUAAAUUGAUCAACUGAG